GAGUUCCUAAUUUAGCUCAGUAAGAGAUAAGCUCUGGGAUAUAGGCUGAACUUACCCUCAACCCUGACUGGACUGCCUGUCUUCUUCAGGAGGAAGCCCAAGAUGGCUAGCAGAAAAGCUGGGACUCGAAGCAAAGCUGCAGCGAAGCGGGCUCAGAGGGGUUCUUCCAAUGUUUUUUCAAUGUUUGAGCAGUCACAGAUCCAGGAGUUCAAGGAGGCAUUCAGUUGCAUUGACCAGAAUCGAGAUGGAAUUAUCAGCAAAUCUGAUUUGAAGGAGACAUACUGUCAACUUGGGAAAAUGAAUGUGAAGGAUGAAGAGCUGGAACAGAUGCUGAAGGAAGGGAAAGGACCAAUUAACUUCACUGUCUUCUUAACACUCUUUGGGGAGAAACUGAAUGGUACUGAUCCAGAGGAAUCCAUCCUAGCUGCCUUCAAACUCUUUGAUCCUAAUGGAACUGGCUAUGUCAACAAAGAUGAGUUUAAACAACUCCUGAUAACUCAAGCAGACAAGUUUUCUGUUGAGGAGGUAGAGCAAAUGUUUUCUCUUGCCCCCAUGGAUGUGGCUGGAAACAUUGACUACAAAUCUUUGUGUUACAUUAUCACACAUGGAGAUGAGAAAGAAGACUGAAGACCUAUAGGCCAAGGACUGGGGCAACUCCCAUUGAUGCAGAAGUACUUCUACUUUGUUAAAGAUUACAAUAAACAACUUCAUGAAAAACA